GUUAGGAUCCACUUGGCAGUUUCCAAGAAUUUAUCUUUCCGUGUACUUUAUCCAUAUGUUAUUUCAACACGUUGGUACACUUAAUUAUAAUAAUUUAAGAUUGGAGGUUGUAAUCAAAGACUUCCGACAACUUUUGAGCAUUCGAAAGGGGUGGUGAUUCUCAUCACUUUAUUAAAUAUCUUGGUUUACAAGCUCCAGAAACUCCAAGAAGCUCAGCAAAAAAGGCGCUUACCGCUGUCUAUUAGACAUUUAUGCCGUCGAUUUUCAUUUCAUGACAUCAGAUCAGCGACAAACAACUUUAAGGAAGAAUUGGUGAUCGGAAAAGGUGGAUUUGGAAUUGUUUACAAAGGUAUCAUUGAAGAGAGGAUUGUUGCUGUAAAGCGGUCAAAAUCCAUGUCCAAGCAAGGAAGCAAGGAGUUUCUGACCGAAAUUAAGAUGCUUUCCCAGUUUCAACACAGCCAUUUAGUCUCUCUCAUUGGUUAUUGCGACGACAGUGAGGAGAUGAUACUGGUUUAUGAAUAUAUGCCUGCAGGAAGCCUUGCUGAUCAUUUGCAUAAGAGGGUGAGAAGAGGCGACACGAUUCUGCCUUCUUUGACAUGGGAGCAGCGCCUCAAGAUUUGCAUUGGGGUAGCCCAUGGAUUGGACUACCUUCACACGGGUACAAGCAUUGAUGAACGGGUGAUUCACAGAGAUGUGAAGACUGCAAACAUUCUGCUUGAUGAGAAUUUAGCAGCUAAACUUUCGGACUUUGGAUUGUCCAAAACAGGUCCAGCAAAUCAGACGUGUACUUAUGUGAGCACCCGCGUCAAGGGCACCCACGGUUAUCUGGAUCCAUACUAUGUGGCAACUCACAGACUGACCAGGAAAACAGAUGUCUAUGCAUUUGGUGUAGUGUUGUUUGAGGUUUUGUGUGGAAGACCGGCUGUGGAUAGGAGUUUGGAUGAAGAGCAAAUUAGUUUAGCUGGAUGGGCACAACAGUGCUUCGAAGAGGGGCUUUUGGAGCAGAUAAUUGACACCAAUAUCAAGGCAAGCAUUUCUUCUGAUUCCUUGAACACAUUUGUUGAUGUUGCUAUUAAGUGUUUACUUAUGCAACCGAAGCUGCGUCCUACUAUGGCUGAAAUUGUGGUCGGUCUUGAGUCUGCAUUGGCAUUGCAAGAAAAGAGUACAUCCUAUUGUUUAGUUGAAAUAAUGCCUCUUGAUUACACUUCGCAAGAAGAUGUACAUUCUUCAACACUGGUGGUGAAAAAUACUGACCAUAAACGAGAACACACUGCACAAGUGAUUGUAAAUGUUUCUGAUGCUUGGUAUCUCAACAAGCAGUCUUCUGCUAGGACGACAUUCACAAAAAGGGUUGUUGCUCUUUUCUCGGUUACAGCUCGAGUGUUCUCAGGCAAAUUAGUCAAUAGAGAUGCCAGGACAACAAGAUACAGUAAUACUGUACUGUCAUUCAAUAGUAAUAAAGCACAGGCCGCCAAUAGUCCAUCCUUUAUAGCAGUAUAUUCAUCGGUGCCACAAACACCUUGGGUACAGGAAGAAAUUCUUCCGUCAUCGGAGUUAAAGAAUUUUAGAUUUGAUGAAAUUAGAGCAGCUACUAGGGAGUUCAAUGAUGCAAGUGUGAUAGGAGAAGGUGGUUUUGGUUGUGUUUAUAAGGGUUGGAUUGAUGAGAACACAUUUGCUGCUGUAAAAUGGGGUACUGGUAUGGCUAUUGCAGUAAAGAGAUUAAAUGUAGAAGGUUUACAAGGCCACAGAGAGUGGUUGGCAAAAAUUAAUUAUCUGGGUCAACUUUGUCAUCCCAAUCUUGUGAAGUUAAUUGGGUACUGCUGCGAGGACGAACACCGACUUCUAGUGUAUGAGUUCAUGUCUCAGGGCAGCUUGGAAAAUCUUCUAUUCAGGAGGGAUUCUUCGGUUAAACCUCUCCGUUGGCAUCAUCGUUUACGUAUUGCUCUUGGCGCAGCAAAGGGACUUGCAUAUCUUCACAGUUCAGAAGCAACAGUGAUAUAUCGAGAUUUCAAAACAUCCAAUAUAUUAAUUGACUCUCAAUUCAAUGCGAAGCUCUCUGAUUUGGGAUUGGCAAGAGAUGGACCAGGUGAUGGAGGAACCCACGUUUCUACAGGAGUUUUUGGAACACAUGGUUAUGUAGCUCCAGAAUAUAUUGCUACAGGUCAUCUGACAAUGAAAUGCGAUAUCUAUAGCUUUGGCGUUGUUCUCCUUGAACUUUUGACAGGACGGAGAGUAAUUGACAGUACCCUUCCAAUAAAAGAACAGAAUCUGGUUACUUGGCUCAAGGCUUUCCUCAGCAGCAACCAUAAAAUUUUGCAAGUCAUGGAUGCAGACAUCGAAGGACAGUAUACUGUCAAAGAAGCAUUAAGAGCUGCUUCCCUGGCACUUAAAUGUCUCUUAGUGGAUCCCAAAUUAAGAGCUGAUGCAAACCAGGUGGUAAACGCAGUAGAGCAGCUUUGGGAUUUGGUUGGUGCAGAGAAAUAUAUGAUUUGACACCCAUGAUAAGGUCUAGAAUGCAGUCACCAUACAAGUACCAGUAAAAAACAAAAUACUUAAAAGUUUACAUAUCAGUGACUUAUCUUGGUGACUUCUGCAUUUGUUUAAAUGUUUUUAAGUAGUUAGUAAGAAGUGUUUAAAGAGAUCAUGGAGGAUGGAGGUGCAGUGUUAGCUGAAGCUUUUAUGAAAGACAUGAAGCUCAAUGGUAAUGGGGGGAACUAUGAGGAACUACACUUGUAUGAUGUGGAGGACGAAGAUGAUCUGUUUGAUCUUUUCUAAAUCUAGCUUCUUGAAAUGGUGUUUGGCGUUUUGGUUGGCUGCUGUUAGUGUGGGUCGGAGCAAUGCCAGUGGGUCGUUUUCUUAUUUUAGUUUAUUGUAGUUUAUGUCUGAGUUUGGACUUUGGAGCAGAUGUUUAGCUUCUUAGCUUUGUGUUUCCUGUCAAAGAUGAAAAGAAAUUGAUUAAUACCAGUA